AUGCUGACAGUGAUCAGAAAUAAGAAAGGUCCAUAUACUAACUUUGAUAUUUCAGGACGACCUCCCCACUUCUGCUGGCCGCCCUGGGACACUCUCAUACACCACUUCUGCAGCCGGCCCCGGGACAGCCCCGCACCCCCCUUCUGCAGCCAGCCCCGGGACAGCCCCGCACCCCCCUUCUGCAGCCGGCCCCGGGACAGUCCCGCACCCCUCUUCUGCAGCCGGCCCCGGGACAGUCCCGCACCCCCCUUCUGCAGCCGGCCCCGGGACAGUCCCGCACCCCCCUUCUGCAGCCGGCCCCGGGACAGUCCCGCACCCCCCUUCUGCAGCCGGCCCCGGGACAGUCCCGCACCCCCCUUCUGCAGCCGGCCCCGGGACAGUCCCGCACCCCCCUUCUGCAGCCGGCCCCGGGACAGUCCCGCACCCCCCUUCUGCAGCCGGCCCCGGGACUGUCCCGUACCCCCCUUCUGCAGCCGGCCCCGGGACUGUCCCGUACCCCCCUUCUGCAGCCGGCCCCGGGACUGUCCCGUACCCCCCUUCUGCAGCCGGCCCCGGGACUGUCCCGUACCCCCCUUCUGCAGCCGGCCCCGGGACUGUCCCGCACCCCCUUCUGCAGCCGGCCCCGGGACUGUCCCGCACCCCCCUUCUGCAGCCGGCCCCGGGACUGUCCCGCACCCCCCUUCUGCAGCCGGCCCUGGGACUGUCCCGCACCCUCCUUCUGCAACUGGCCCCGGGAUUGUUCCAUACCCCCCUUCUACAGCCCAUCCUGGGACAGUCCUGCACCCCCUUCUGCAGCUGGCCCGGGAACACUCCCACACACCCCUUCUGUAGCUGGAACCAGGACACUCCCGCACCCCCCUUCUGCAGCUGACCCUCGUACACUCCCGCACUCCACUUGUGCAGAUGGCCCCAGGACACUCCCGCAACCCCUUUCUCCAACUGGCAAUAGUUCAGUCCUGCCCCCUCCCUGAUUUCCCUCAGGGUAGGGAUUAAAAUGCUGGCCAAGAAAUGAGGAGAACUCCUGCAGAAGUUACUACUGCCAUUCAAUGCAAGGGAAAUGUAGAAUCCCAGGAGAAUGGGGCAGCUCUAGAUGGAGCAUCUCCAGUCGGUGACCCAGGAGUGGAAAAUGCUGUUGAGAUUAACGUUGUCUUACCCAAGGACUCGCCUCACAGCCGAACCAAGGUUAAGGUCAGUAUCAGUGACUAUUUUUGUAAUUUUCUUUUUGAAUUGCUCGGUUCCUUUCCCCGUAUUUCCCAAUUCGGUUGCAAAGACAUGGCGAACCCGAUUUGGGGAUAGAUCCUCAAAAGUCUUGAAUGUGGGUGUGUCUGGGGAGCAAAGGGGCUAUGCAGAAGGGAUUGGCUGCAUCCCAGUUCCAAUUCUGUGGAGGGCUGGAGAAGACAAGAGCUGGACCAAGCCAGGAUGGAUGGGGAGCUUAGGAGGAGAGUGUGGCAGUGGAGUUGGGCAGCCCUUCUGGCCUCCAGGGGACACUGGUGUGCUGCCCUCUUCUGCUUCCAUUUAUAUUUAAGGUGGGGGGUUUUAAGGUGAUGGUAAGCCUUUUAUUCCAUAUAUCUUUAAAAUGUUUCUCUCUUUUAUAUUCAAACUGCUCUUUGUUAAGAUACCCCGGGGUGGUGUGCAGCCCAUCGGAUCCGUAGCAGGGAGCUGAGCACGCUUGAGUCUGAGUGUUUUCUUAUCAGAAGCACACAGCUAAAUCACCAAACAGAAAUACUACCCGCCGGGCAAAAGAAGGGGAAAGGGAUGGUUGGGGAGGGGAAGGAAAGAAGGAAUAAAGGAAAACCCGAGGGCCGACAACAAACAGCAGUGGGGGUGAUGGGAGUUGUAGCCCAAUGACAGCUAGAGUUUGGCCAUCCCUGCAAUAAUUAAUAUAGUACGCUGGAGCAGAACCCUAUGUGUUUAUGAAGAAAACCCAACACAUUUUGGGCAGCAGCUCUUUGGCAGGGGCCAGAUAAAGACAUCAACAUGAAACCAAGGUAGUUGAAACUGAGGGUCAUUGUGAAAAUGACAUUUAAGUCGUAGCAGGUCUGCCAAUCUGAAGCUCACACUUGUUAUCCUUUUCUUCUCUCUCCAUUCUAGCAGCAAAGAAGCCCUUCCCGGAAUCCCUCUUGGCAUUGAGGAGAGCAAGCCCACACCAGAUUCCCACUCUCUUUCUGGCUAGGUUCCCAAAAGCCUCAAGUCCAUUCAAGGUGUUGGGAGAAGACUCCCACCACCAAAGGAUUCUUUUGUGUGGAAGGGUGGAUAAUUCUCCACAGAGAGGAUUUUUGCCUUCACCUCUGAGGCAAAAAUCACCCCCUUCUUAACAGGGAGGCAUGGUUGCGCCCCCCGAACCCUCACGCCAGGAGUGGAAGCCACACCUUAGUUUACAGAACCACUUACAAACUAGUUUCUAAAGUUGUGAGUUUUCAACCCUUCCCUCUGCCCCAUCUCUUGAUUCUGAGCCUGGGUGCAAGACCACACCUUCUCCUAGCACUGCAUGCAGUGUGGGGGGUGCUGGUCUUGCAUCCAUUCCUGGCAGGGUAUAAGAAACAAGCCUGGAACACACAGUGGACCAUGCUGUGACUGCAUCCUCGGUAGGGAUGUUCCUGAAUCGGCACGUCUGAGCCGGACGAAUCGUUUUGGUGCCCCUCUAACGAGGCGCCGAAAUGAUUUGAGCACAUCCCUUAUCCUCGGUCCAUAGGGCCGUCCAGGGGGAUGAGGGCAUGCUGAUAAAAGCAGUCCCCAACCUCUGCUGGCUUUCUGCAGGAACACCUUGGCAUCCGCUCACACACACCCCCGGGCGACAGUGUGAGAUUAGCUGGCCGCCUAUUGGGGCCGAGUAGGAAUUUUCCCCAGCCACCCAGAUUGGCCUGGAGGUGGCUGGUUUUUUGCCUACUCUGCACUGUUGCACUGGAAGCAGGUUUUGAUCUGGCCCAUGUUAGGAGCGGUGCCUUUAAAUAGAGUAGCCCCGUGGUCACCAGCAUCAUGAUGGCAGGUCAGAGGAGGGGAUACGGUGCUGCACCCUAGGGGUGGCAGCUGCACUGUGGCUUGGCUACAAUGCAGCUCUCUGUUGAAAUUAGCUUAAUAAAGUCAUCGCCCUAGUUUUAACCCA